AUGCAGCGGAGUAAAGCCUCUCGACCACCGGCCUGGACGCUGUCCCCGCACCAGAGACCUUCAGACGAGCAAAAUUCGGUGGUGGACUCGAGGUGGAAGGUCAGUUUUGGCAUCUCCUUUCCAAUAUCCUUCAGAGAACUGGCAUUGUUUCCUCUGCAGCCAGCAGCACAGCCAAGAGGAGACUCAGAGCACAGGAAGCUGGUGGCUGCAGGCCUCUGGCAGAAUGGUUACCAUGCUGACUGGAUGUAUGAGACGGAGGUAGGAGAAGGAGAGGAGAGGAGGAGUUUCUCCAGCAGAGAUCUCCUCCUGGCUCUAGGCUGGCUGCUCGCUACAGGAGCACUAGAGAAACUGCUGACACAGCGAGUUCAGCAAUUAGACAAAACGCUACUUGCAUCUAUACCUGUGGAUACUCAGGUUUCUCAUGAUCUCCAGUUAGACUUGACCUACCUGCGGAGACUUCAGUGGCUCAUUGGCUAUUUGAGACAUCAAGGGAGAAUCCUUCUGUCCAUGCUAGAGGAGCGAACUCGGUUGCUUCAUGCUGUUUUUUCUGCCAGCCUCCCCUCAACUGUAUCUUCCUCCUCUGAUCAAAGCUCCCCAGCGUUUAAGGAUAACUGUGUUUGCAUGCGGCAGCUCUGUGACCUCCUAGAAGCAUAUCUGAACUGGAAACAGGUGGAGAAAGUCUUCUGGACCUGGAUGGGCAGUGUGGUGGACUGCCAUGUGAUGGAUCCUGUUGUCAAGAAGCCUACAUGUACGCCAAGUGUGUGUCACCAUGGAAACCAGGGGCUGGAGAAAUUGGAGGACAUGCUAUUGAGACUGCCCACAGCACAGAAAGAACAGAGGAGCAGCAGAGGGGAUACUCAGGACAGAGGAGUAGAGAGGUUGCAGGGUGGAUUGGGCACCUUCCCUCCCUCCUCGUUGCCCUCCCUCUCCCAGGUCUACCGGGUCAGGCUCCAGGUGGAGAAGCUGGACAGACACAGCAUCUCACCAGCAGAGAGGCUCCACGGCAAGGCCCAGACUUCAGACGAGCUCCCAGCAUCUCAGGCUGCACAGCUGCUUCUUCAGACAGAGGCUCUGUUGCUGGAGAGGAGGGACAGACAGAGACUGGCCAACAGAAUGCAGCUGCAGGAUAUGAUUGGUGGACUGGGUGAACUGAUUUUGAUACCACCAUAGACUCUCAUUUUUUAAAUGGAUGAUAACAUUUUGCAAUAGUAAAUGAGAUGCUCUUGUCGAA